UUUUCGGCCGGGACAGUAGCACGACCAGCAGCAGCGAAAGUGAGAAAUAACUCCGUGAACUGGGAUAAUUCUGACCGCGAGGACUGAUGAGCGAAUAAAAACACAUAUGAAGGGCAGCAGGAUGAAUGUGGAGACUCUCAGUAAAGCUGAACUUCUGAUGCUGCUCAGCAUUCUGGAAGGAGAACUGGAAGCACAAGAUGUAGUCAUACACACACUCAGGGCACAACAGAGAGAUGCAUUUGUACAAGAACGAUAUGGACAUUACAGCCUUCGUGACCCCUUCAUAGCUCUGCUGAGAGACAGCGAGCUGACUCAGGCUCAGGAUGAUGGAGAGCAGAGUCCCGUGUGUCUGAACCCGCUGGGUGUGUUGAAGCUAGUGAUGGCCCACUGCACCAACAUGAAGGAGAAAAUGAUGAAACAGCUCGCUGCUGCAGAGAGGAGACACAGACGGGUAAUAGCAGAUUUAGAAGAAGAGAAACGACGGCGUGCUCAAGACAAUGCUGCGGGUGAUGACAUCACUGCCAUGCUGGAGAAGGAACGAGACAGACUUCAGCAACAGCUGGAGUUUGAGAGGGCUCAAGUCGAGCGUUUAGAACAUGAGCGGUCAGUCCUGUCGAAUCAAGCUGAGGAGGAUUUAGCGCAGCAGCAACAGUUAUCCUCGACACUGGCGAAAGAAUGUCAGAAGGCUACAGCACGGGCAGAGGAGGAGAGCCAGCGUGUUGCAGAGCUCAGCCGCCAGCUGGAACAGGAGAGCAGUACCAUCAAAACCCUAAAGGGAGAGCUGGAGAGCGAACACGCUCAUGCUCAGCAGAUAGAGGCGAGAGCUGAGAGAAAGCUAGCUGAAUUGGAUACAGAGCGCGAGCAGAUGAGAGGGAAACUACUGAAGGAAGAAAAACGAUAUCUGGAGCUUUUGGAGAAGUUCAAUAGCCUAAAAAAAGAGUUGGAUGAAAUGAAAGAAAGAGAAAAGGCGGCACUGGAAAAAGACAAUGAAGAAAAGGUAAAAACUGUGCAGAAAGCAACCACAGGGAUCACGCCUCUUCUUAGUCAAACAGAAGUCGAUGGCAAAGUCAUUGCAUCUAAAUCAUCUCCGCAACCCAAGCUAAAUGGCCACCACACUCCCAGAGAACCAGAGUCUCCUGCAGACGAGAGGUGCAAGGAAGUGGGAUCAGCAGACAAUUGGGUAGUGCUCCCUGGAGGAAGCGGAGCCUUGCAGUGUCUCUCCCCCAGCAGUCCUGCCUCGUCCUCACUUAGCUCAUCUCCUUGCUCUUCCCCAGUACUAACCAAGCGUCUGGCCUCUAUAGGCUGCUCUAGUCCGACCUAUCCAUCCUCCUACCAGGCCAGCAUCAACCAGCGAUUCCAAGCAGCACGCCACAAGUUUCAGCAGCAAGCUGAGGCAGAGCAGCAUCAUGGAGCAUCUAUUGUCCACUCACCUCGAGACUUGUCUCCUACUGCAGCUGCUCCUACUACUCCAGACAAUUCUACUGCAAAGCAGAUUGCCCGCAACACUGUCACUCAGGUGCUGUCACGGUUCACGAGCCAACAAGCAACAAGUAAACUCCCUCCGUCCAACAGCUCCCCCUUUGGCACUGAUUACCGCAGCCUGGCCGCAGCCUCUUCGCCGACAGGGAAGAGCCCAGGGGUUCUUUCACCAGGGAUCCGCUCACCAAUUAUUCCUAGGGCGGAAAAGAUUAAUCCAGCCCCUGUUCCUCCUAAAAAGCAGGGGGUCAACCAGUCUCCUGGCUCUCCUGUUCCUUCUGGCAGGGCCAGCCACUUCCCCGAGCUCUCUGGGAGCUGUGGUCUCACCAGUGGCCAGGAAGAUGCAAAAGAGCUUGACUUGGUCAUGUCAUCAUCUAGUUAACCAGCCUGGAGUUCACACCUGUUCUUAGCCUUCUCCAGUCCAUUCCAUCCAAUGGCAUCUAUAGCACUCUUGAGAACCUCAAGGUUCUUUUAUUUGAACCCUUAUUGUCAUCUAAUACUUGUCAAUUCUUGUCCUUAAAGGGAUAGUUCACCCAAAAAUGAAAGUUCUGUUAUUAAUUUCUUACCCUCAUGUCAUUCCAAACCUGAAAGACAUUCAUUCAUCUUUGGAACACAAAUUAAGAUAUUUCUGAUGGAAUCUAAAAGCGUUCUGACCCUCCAUAAAGAGCAAUGAAAUUACCAUGAUCAAUGCACAGAAACGUAGCAAGGACAAUUUUUUGUGUGCAAAGAAAACAAUAAUAACAGUUUAUUCAGCAAUUAUUCUCCCCAAGUUACCAUCUUCCGCCAUUUUGGAGUGUAUCCCAGAACGUAAUCAACAUAAUGAGAGUUGUUUAGGUUCAGCAAGCACGUGCUUUCUCUGAACAUAACGGCAGAAGACGGUAACUCAGGGAACAGUCCAUUUAAGUACCUCGUUUUGGAUGUCUCCUUAUCUGAACCAGUUCAGGUCUUGGAUCAUUGACAAAUGAGCAAAUGUGGUAAAGAAAGACAUCCAGAAUGUGGAAUGAUACAAUACUGUGGGACUGAAAACCACUGGUCUGAAAGGGCAGCCAAUCCUUCUUCUGGAGAACUACCUUUCUGCAGAAUUUUGCUCUAACUUUAAUCAAACAACCCUGAACCAGCUAGCCAACUUGUUCAGGAUUACUUGAAGAUAAAAGGGAGGUUGUGUAACUGAGGUUGUGGACCCGGAAAAUUGCCGGAACAUUGUCGGGUUUCCUUCUGUGUGAAUGCAAACAUGUCCUGGGAUAGAUUCCGGGAUUGACCCGUGUGUCGUAGAGAUGACGCACAUUGUCGCUCAACUUUUUUACCAGGUGUUUUGCAGGCAGAUCAGUGUUUGCAACAAAAAAAAAAAAAAUGUGUGCAAACUGUAAUGAAGCAGAGAUCAGUUAGUUCCUCACUUUCCGUGCUGAAACUGAGAUCGUUCGCUAGCUUAAGAGAAAGUUAACGUGCCUAGCAUUUUCAACUCGUACAUUACAUGUAACAUCGUGAUGUUAUGUGUCUUUACGGGACCUUUACGGGUUGUGUGUGAAUGUGCAGAAUCUAGCGACCCGGUAACAAUUGCCGGGACACAUUACCCCGUGACACAUUUCCGGAAUCGCAGUGUGAAAGGGGCUAAAUUCUGUUGAAAGGUGGUCGUCCAGGAGCAUUAGUAAGAGUAAGGCUGGCCACACACUACAUUUUUCAAAUCUUAACUCAAAGAUGGUUUUAAUCGUUUGAGCCUUAUAAUCAUUCCAUCUCGAUCCAUCUUCUAUCAACAGAUCUCCCAAAUCAUAUGGGUUAGAAAACCGGCCUUAAAAUCUUCUAGUGUGCAGGCGGCUUAACUGCACACAGAGGUGAUGCCUCACUGAAAACCUUCGGUAUCCCAGAAGAAACCUUAGCCUGAGCCCAACCCAUCCUAACUGUGUGAAAAGUUUGAAAGGAACACACAGUCAACCUCUUAAAUACUACUCCUGUAAGAUCAAAUCUAUUGAAAUAUUAUUUUAACCUGUCUUUUAAUGUUUUAUUGUGUUUUUAAUUUUUACAAAAUUAUUUUUUAUUUAGCCUAAAAUGUUACUUAGUCAAUUCCUGAUGACCUGCACAGAAAAAAAAUGAAAAAUUUAGUAUAUAAAGUAAAGACUAUUCUAAGCAAAUAGUGAUUAACCAAGUCUUCAGCCAAUCGGUCAGUUUUAGCCUGGUAAUACUGUCUUAAUCUGUGUCUGGCGAAUGACUGACAUUUAUAUUAUGUUUAUGGUAAAUGUAAAGUAUUGCUUUUCUCACAAGCAGUAAUAUAAUAUGAUGUGCAGUUGAUGUUGAAAAUCUAUUUAGAAAUUAACUACUGGAGAUAUGAACUGAUAUGAAACAGUUAUGGAAAAACCUCUGUCCUACUGUAUUGCGCCAUGACUACGUUGUCCUCUAGUGUCAGUCUGAAGCACUGCUCAGGAAGCUGCCACCUGGUGGUUGGGAAACAUUAAACAACAGCCAAACCAGAGUACCUUCUCUGUAAAUGAAGAUUAAAAAUUUAAUUAUUCUCAUGGGACAUGAUAGUUAACAAUAUUAACAAUCGAGUCAAAAUGUUAUGUUCUGCGAAUGUAAGUCUGGGUCUAAUAACCAUAGCUGGAUGUUUUAUUCCAUCACUGAUUUUUAUGUUUAUACUGUAGUCUUAUCUUGAAAUGUUUAAUUUUUAUUAAAUAUUAGGGGUAGAACCUAUAGCACCAGUUUACAUGACUCCCAACCAUGGUAAAAGCACAAGCGAGUAACGUCAUCAUUUAAUGAUUACUUUACCCCGGGACUUAUUUUUCUUACCAGUGUCCUUCUUGAAGCCUUUUGACGUUUUAACUUUUUAGUAUAAAAAUAGACAUGAUUUUAUAUUUGUGUAAAACUCUUGCUGGCAUGAAUACGCUUAUGAGAGAACAAAGUAUGUUGGGUUUUUAUGAGUAAAUGUGGUGCAUGUAUCUGUCCUGUGCUUCAUAGGUUUCAGCUGCUCUACUGUCAUUUAAUGUUUCUGUUUUUAAAUACCUCACCGUUUCUCCUACUGUACUGAAUCUUAAGUAGCAGUUUAGAUUUUAACUACUGGAAUCUUUGUUUUUUUGUGCAUCAAUAAACCUGAACUGACACUUGGAA